AUGGUCGCCACCAAGAUUCUCCUUACUGCCGCCGCCGGCAUUGCCGCUCUGGUCCAGGCCGCUCCCUUUACAGUCACCAAUGAGGUCCAGGGCCUCAACGACAUCAACCCCACCAUCGCUGCCCGUCAGGACAUGAGCCCCGGUCCCUUCACUGGAGAGAUGACCUACUACAACCCCGGUCUUGGCUCCUGCGGCCAGAACCAUGGCGAUGGCGACAUGGUGGUUGCCCUCUCCGCUGCCAAGCUCGGUGGCGCCUCCAACGACAACCCGCUCUGCUCCAAGUCCGUCCAGAUCUCGUAUGGAGGCAAGACUGUGGAUGCCACUGUUGUCGACAAGUGCCCUGGCUGCGCCUCCAACAACAUCGACGUCAGUCCCGCUGUCUUCACGGCUCUCAUGGGCACCCUCGACCGCGGCCGCGUUCUGGGAGUCACCUGGAAGAUCACCAACUGA